UGCCUCGCCCGCGCAUGCUCGGCGCCCAUACGCGCACCGACUACACGCAAUACGAACAUUUGUGUGAUAUAAACCUCCAAAACAAACGAAAUACUAGUGCUAACUUAGUGAAGUGACAGAAAGAUCUAGUGAUGUGCCUCUAGUUAUUUACAAAUAAGAUGACAACGAUGUGCAGUGCCAAAGAAACUAAAGUGAUAUUAAAUAGGUGAAAUAUAAAUAAGUGGGAUGGAAGGAGUGAGAGUGACGCACCAGGGGGUGCGGGCGCACUCAGCCGAGGGCUCGGCCGGUCGCAUCACGCAGGCUGGCCUCGCGGCCCGCAGCCCUGAAGGGACGGCCGCCAAGGGCAUGGCCAUCAAAGGCCACGAGGACCUCUGGGUGGAGAUACAGGCCAACACCUUCAGAAAUUGGGUCAAUGAGACCCUGAAGCCAAUGAAUAUAAAGGUAGCAGACCUAGUCGAAGACCUGAGAGACGGCACUGUGUUAUGUGCCUUAGUUGAAGCACUUCAAGGUCGAAGAUUGAAGGGCUGGAGUCGUAACCCCACGAACCAGCACCACAAACUGGAGAAUGUGACCACAGCACUGCAAGCUAUUGAGGAUGACGGAGUCAAACUUGUUAAUAUCGGUAACGUGGACAUAGUGAAUGGGAACUUAAAACUAAUUCUGGGCUUGAUUUGGUCACUCAUUGUCCGCUACCAGAUCGGGCGCAGCAAAUUCCCUCCAAGAAAGUUGAUGCUAUCGUGGCUGCAGGCAGCGCUGCCGGAGUGCCGCGUCAACAACUUGACGACCGAUUGGAACAGCGGGGUUCUGCUCUCCGCGCUACUCGACUACUGCAAGCCCGGCGUUUUCCCGCACUGGCGCGAGCUCAAUCGUCACGAAGCUGUGGAGAACUGUCGGCGCGCAAUGAGGCUAGCCCACCGUGAGCUGGAUGUGCCGAUGGUGUUGGAGCCGGAGUACCUGGCGUCGCCCUGGCUGGACGAGCUGUCGGGCAUGACCUACCUUUCGUACUUCAUGAAGCCCGACUCCGCAGGGUUCAGGGCCACACUGGACUGGGUCAACUCGCGGUUGGAGAGAGGAAUCACUAACUUUACGACGGACUGGAACGACGGUCGAGUGUCAAAUGAGCUAGUGAGGUCUAUUGGUGGACCUGCACCGCCUCCGAGUCGCCUGCGAAGAGACCCUGCGCGCUGGGAAGAGAACAACCAAAUGGCUUUAGACGCGGCUAAGAAAAUUGGGGUGCAUCCAGUGUUAUCAGCUCGUGACUUGAGCCAGAGUGACGUGGAGCACCUGGGGGUGAUGGCAUGGGCCACCCAGCUGAGGAACGUGCCUCCUCGCCCACCAGUACACGACAUGCUGAGGGUUGCUCUGGACUCUACCUCCGGAAGAGUUGGAGAACCUACGUAUAUUAAAAUCGAGAGUAUAUCAAACGAGCUGUCUAUAUCGGACGUCAAAGUGUCGAUAGUGAAUCCUCUGGAGCAAGAGUCCAGGCUGAAACUAGAUGCCCGAGGAGCUGGAGAAUUCAUUCCAGAACAUGCUGGAAUGCAUGAAAUUGUUCUUACAGUCGACGAUAUCAGAGUGGACGGCAGAUACUUCUUCCGUGUGCUGCCGAGGCUUGUGACUGUCCCACCGCCAGGCAUGGCGCCGUGUGCCAUAGGAAGUAUUGUGGAAGUGCUAGUCAGUGCUACAGGAGCGCCAAGAAGAGAAGAUGUGGACGUCACUGCUCAUUCCCCAAGCGGUCGCGCCGUACCUCUGGAGCCGCGUCAUCCACCGCCAUCGGCCCCCGGCACCACCGCCUCCAGUGCCACUUUCCAACCUGAUGAAGCAGGCACCUGGACCAUAGCUAUCACUUAUAAAGGUGAUCAUAUACAGGGAGGCCCAUUUACGUGCGAAGUUUUUGAUCCACAUGGAGUCCGACUGAGCCCUGGUGCUCUAGAAGGUGCUGAGCCCCUCAAACCUCACUCUUUCGAGCUGGAUACCAGCGGCUGCGGAGUGAAGGGUGACCUACAACUGGACAUAGUUCACGACAAACGAAGCGUCAUGUGUGCUCUUGAGAAACUGUCUGCUACUAAAUACCGCGCUACAUUCAUGCCAAAGGCACCUGGGAAACACAGGUUGUAUAUCUACUUCAACGGAUACGAUGUCCACGGCUCCCCGCACAUGUUUCGAGUCGGCUCCCGGUCUAAGAAGCCCCGAGACAGCUCCAGUCCGUCGCCAGCUUACGCGAGAAUAUCUAGUCCAGUAACUCGCGUCAGAUCAGAGAGUCCGAUGAACCAAUACAAUUUGUACGAAUCAAACGCUAAGCACAGUACGAGCUCAGUGGACCGGCGCGAGGAGAGACGUGAUUCCACCGAAUAUUACAAGUCCUCGUACGGAACCGAGCCCAAGGAGAAAAAUUACGACGUGACCGACUCCGCGUACUCGACAUCAAAAGCUACGAAAAAGGAAACGUACACAAGAUACGGUUCAGAGAGCCCGAGGAACAGGACAGCAAGUCCGAUAACAACAAAACAUUUAGGAAACGGGUCUCGGUUGGACGUCAAUAGGUCCGCGAGCCCGUAUCGAGCGAGCUCCCCAUACCGCGCCACGAGCCCGGUCGGCCGGACAACGAGCCCUCUCGCCAGGAAAGACAGCCCUUUGAACAGGACAGCCAGUCCAAUUAACAGAGUCAACAGUCCAACGGACCGGUACAGCCCUGUGACCACAACGAAGCGUGUUGUGGAGAAGCGGUCGAACUAUAGGAUGUACAGCUCAUACAGCGGAUCCCAGGACAACCUGGACCAGGCCAGCCCUCUCUCCUCCCUGGAGGGCGACCGCGCGAGGAGGCUUGGCAGCCCCAGUGCAGGCGAUCCUGGCGGGAAGUCGUAUCACCAGAGAAGGGACUGGGACAGCGUGGAAAAAACAAGACAAAUGAUGAGCGCUAACAGCCUCGAGUCUCCUAAAAGCCCAUCGGAGCGGGUGCCCGGGCAGAGCACCCUGGACCGCGAGACUAAACGCAACACGCAGCUCAACAAGUUCACCGACUACUCGCGCGACUCCUUCAACCGGCAGCUCGACCGGUUGGCCGACGACAGAGACUCCGACACCUACACCAGUCGACAAGAAUUCAGUAAACGCGAGGUGCGCGAGAGCACAUACGUGGUGCGUGACUCGUCGUACAGCAGCGUGGAGGAGAAGCAGCAGCAGUCUUUUUUAUCCAAUAGGCCCCCCCGCGACCCUACCGGGGGGGCCCGCUCUGAGACGGACGCCGCACACGCACGUUUCAGACCAAUUAAAAGGGACAAUAAUAGAGGUGCCAAAGGAAUAAUUGUAAAACCGUCUUACAAAGGAGUUGUGGGACAACCAGUUGAAUUCAUAGUGGACGGAAGUAUGGCGGGGCCCGGUCACCUUGAAUUAGAGGUAUCGGGCGGCAACGGGGCCCUCGUGGCGAGCUCCGUGAGACCCCUCGGGGGUCACAGGUACGCGGCCGCCUUCACACCGCGCCUGCCACGACCCCACACCGUGAGGGUCACAUUUAACGAUGAACAUGUGCCAGGUUCUCCGUGGAAGGUCGAGGUGAUGGCAGGGCCGUUGGGCGGCGGCGGAGGGGAGCCCACUCGGCUGAUCCCUGCUAGAGUACCAGCCGUAUUUGAAAUCUCCACCUCAUCAGGUGAUUCUACCUUCAGCAAGAAUGAGGUUGGCGUUACAGUAACUGCACCAUCCCGAAGGCCAGUGACCGCUCGUGUGUUGGACAUAGCAGAGAGACCAGGGGUUUUCCGCAUCGAGUUUACUCCUGAGGAAGUCGGAACUCACCUUAUCGAUGUAUCUAUCGCUGACGACAAAUUAGCUGCAGCCCCACUAGUGGCCAAAGUGUACGAUGCCAGCCUCAUCAAGGUGACAGACGUGGGCAACGCGGUUGUCGGACAAGAUUGCCAAUUCAGAGUGGAUGCUAGUGCAGCUGGAGAAGGACAGUUGGAAAUCUCAAUAAAUGAAGGCGAAGUUCCUAAUCACGUGCAGGUGGUUGGGGGAGGACGAUGUCUUGUAUUCUGGCGGCCGGAGACGGCGACCCCGCAUAGAGUUGACAUAAAAUUCAACGGUGAACCAGUGCCAUCUUCUCCAUUUAUAUUCCACGUGGCUCCAGCACAGAGAGUCACUAUAGAUACGUCACAAGUUGAACUGAUCCCCGUGGGCGAAUUAGCAUCAUGUUCAGUUCGAGUGGAAGGUUCUGCGGGUGGCGAGUUAACAGUUACUGUUCGAGGUCCGAGGGGCGAAGUGCCAGUGCGUUUAACGGGAGACGCUGUUACCGGUCUGGUGGCAAGCUUCACUCCCAAAAAUGUUGGACCACAUACACUUACUGCCCAAUACAAUAAUCAAAUAGUUCCGGACACACCAUUUGUAUGCAAAGCAUAUGACAGUAAGCUAGUGAGUGUGAGUGGAGGAAAUGCUGCAAGAGUGGGAGUACCAGUCCAGUUAGCAGUGGAUGCUGCUCAGGCUGGCGAAGGCAACCUUGAGAUCACCGUUGCUGCCAGAGGACUCAACAUUCCUACACAAGUACAUCCUCAGGGAAAUGCCCGCUUCACAGUAUCUUUCACACCUACAGAGGCCUGUGACCAUGUUGUCAAUGUAUCUUUUAAUAAAAUGCGUGUCCCUGGAUGUCCACUAGUGAUACAAGUAUCAGAAGGUGGUGGUGGUGGGGCUCGUGUGACAGUCCCAGGACCCGUGCCUCUGCAUCAGAGCGCAUCACUCACUCUACAGCACCCUUCCGCCUCGCUUGACCAGAUCGAAGUCAAUGUUGAGGGGCCCAACGGGGCGUCGGUCCCGGCCGCCGUGUCCGCGGCGGGCGCCGGACUCUUCCGCGCCGACUUCGUGCCGCGCGCCGUCGGCGAGCACCGCCUCAACGUGCUCGUCGACUCCGUGCCCAUACCUGCCAGCCCCUUCCAUCUCAAGGUGUACGAUGUCACCGCCAUUAGAGUUAAAGAUGUCACACACGGCACAGUUGGAAAACCGGUCACAUUUUUGGUGGAGACGAUGGCAGCAGGGCCGGGUAACUUAGAAGUGACGGUGAACGGAGGUCGCGUCCCCACUGCGGCGGCGGCGCAGGGAGCUCAUACAUACGCCAUCAGCUUCACGCCGCGAGACCCGCGCCCUCAUACUGUCGAACUUAGGUUCAAUGGAGAUCAUGUGCCUGGUAGUCCAUUCGUGUGCCACGUGUCGGCCCCGGCGCGUGUGAUAGGCGCCGGUUCAGGCGAGUCCCCGGACAAGGUGUCGGUGGGGGAGGCGUACAGUUUCAGCGUGGACUCGCCCACGUCACCACACGUUGAGGUCCUAGGACCUGCGCGCAGACCCGUGCCUGUACAGGUGUCAGCUGAAGAGACAAUAGGUGAGAAUGAAGCCAGUAAACGAUACACAAUAUCUUUCGUACCUGUCGACGUCGGCGAUCACAGUAUUGAGGUGCGGGCCGGUGCAAUGGGUGGUCACGUAGAAGGCAGUCCGUUCCUGGUGAAGGCGUACAGCGCGGCGCGAGUCAACGUCACCGACAUAUCGCCCGGCGUCGUCGGCAGACCUGUCUCGUUCACUAUCAACGCCUCACACGCUGGUGCUGGCAAUCUAGAAAUCAUAGUCGCCGUGAACGGGCGUAAUGUGCCAAAUUAUGUACAAAGUGAAGGAAACGCUCGGUUCAAGGUGAACUUCAAGCCAGUGGAAGCAGCCCCGCACACGCUGUCGGUCCGGUUCAACGGGCAGGCAGUGCCGGGCUCGCCGUUCUCGUGCGCGGUGUCGGCGCCGCCCGCCGCGGCCGACGCGCGCGCCGCCGGCCCUGGACUCGUCUCCACGCCGCGAGCCGAGCCUGCUGAGAUACAGCUUACUGGAUUCCAUACCGGCGAGCCGACAGUGUACGUAGCCGGUCCGGGCGGCAGUACGGUCCGGUCGCGCGUGUCUCCGUCGGGCGAGGGUCGUUACACCGCCACGUACACGCCCGAGGCAGUGGGCCGACACACUGUACAGGUCACCUGUGCAGGACGACACGUACCGGGCUCACCCUUCACCUGCAACGUUUAUGAUGUGCGACGAGUCAGGGUUACUGGUUUAGGACCUGGAGAGUUGGAGGGUACUCUAGAAGGGCUGAGUCUAGAUGAAGUAGCAGAGGAGGAGCGCGGCGUGGAAGUUGGCAAGCCGGUCACGUUCAGUGUGGACGCGGCCGGCGCGGGGGAAGGGACGCUCGAACUCGUCGUCUCUACACCAUCCACGACUGUCAAGGCGGAGGUGGUAGCAGUGGCCCGUGGCCUGUACGACGUAACAUUCGUACCAGUAUCCCGCGAGCCGCACCGUGUCUCCGUCACGUUCAACGAGCAGCCCGUGCCCGGCAGCCCCUUCGUCUGUCGAGUCAGCGAGCCACAUACAUACGUACAAAUUGGCGGUAUAGCAUCAGUGGAAAUAGACGAGACCAUAUCCGACGUAGAAGUUAUAUCACCAACGGGGACGCGGGUAGCUGAGGCCCACUUAGAAGACACAGGACUCUUGACGUUCCCCGCUAGUCGUGUGGGUCGGUAUGUGGUGAGGAGUUCACGAGGACCGAUAGCUGAUGUAGAAGCCCUCGAUCCGUCUGCUGUCAAAGUACUGUCUAUUGGAGAUGCUGUGGCUCAUCGACCUGCUAUACUAACUGUGAGCACGGCGGGCGCGGGCAACGGGCGUCUGUCGGGGCGCGUGUGGUGCGGCGGCGCGGGCGUGCCGCACUCGGUGCGGCGGCGCGGCGGCGCGCGCCAGGAGCUGGUGUGGCACCCCGCGCGCGCCGCGCCGCACCGCGUCACGCUGCACUGGAGCCACGCGCCGCUGCAGCUGCAGCCGCUCGUGCUCGACGUGCUGCCCGCGCACCACGGACAGGAGGUCUCAGCAUCCGGGCUCGGUUUAUACCAGGCACAAGUGAACAAGGUCGCCUCGUUCAGUAUCGACACCCUGGGCAGGCCGGCGCGGGAGUUCGAUGUAGUGGUGUCGGGGCCUGGGUCUAGAGCACUGCCCGUCCGAUGUUACCAGACCAAGUCCGGAUUGUUACAAGCUGAAUACACUAUCACUGAUGUCGGACAGAGUACUAUAGAGGUGCUGCACCUAUCGAAACCUGUGUCUGGCAGUCCGUUCACCUGCGAAUCAUUUGAUCCCAACAGAGUCAUCAUAUCUGGACUACCCACAGGGAAUCUUAUUGCACAAACACCCAUCAAUUUCACAGUUGACACAAAAGACGCUGGUGUAGCGGAGCUGGAAGUGAUAUGUGAAGCGAUGGGCGAGCGACGCAUUCGACUGCCGGUCGAUAUACGGGAGGACGGACACACGUACAGGGUGCGACUCAGACCUACCAUGCCGGCGCACUAUAGGAUCUAUAUCACUUAUGGAGGCGCGAAUGUGUCGGGCAGUCCAGUGUCGCUGGGCGUGCUGAGCGCGCGCAGUAGUGCGGGCGCGCGCUGCGCCGGCACCGGCCUGGCGCACGCACACGUCGGCAAGGAGGCCGCCUUCACCAUCGCAUGCGCAGAGGACGCGCCGCCCACCGUGCAGGUGGAAAGACUAACAUCAGAAGAGAAAGAAGACGACACGGACACAGGUCUGCUAGAGUGUCGCGUGGUGGCCGGCGCGGCUAAGGAGUGGUUGUGUGCUUACAUACCACUCGUCGUGGGACUGUACGAGGUCCGAAUAUUCACCGCCACUGGACCUCUGCCUGGCAGCCCCUUCUCUGUCAAAGUGAUAGACACAUCAGCGAUCGUGCCAGUGGGAGGAUGGGGCGCGGACAACUCAGGACGAGUGAGGGCUCCUUCUAAACUGGUGCUCGACACUAGCAACGCGGGGCCUGGCACGCUCGAGUGCUUACUGGCCGGCAGACAUCAACGCGUGGAGACAGUGUCGGGGCGCGCCGUGGUGACGCUGGCGGGCGGCGGCGCGGGCGGCGAGGCGGAGCUGGAGCUGACGUACAACGGCGCGCUGGUGGCGGGCGCGCCCCGCCGCGCGCUGCUGGCGCCCGCCGCCAGCGCAGACCGCGUCACGCUGGCGGGCCGGGGGCUGGCCAGCGCCGCGCCGCAUACUCCCGCCGUCUUCACCAUCGACGGCAGUGCAGCAGGGCCGGGUGCUCCGGAAGCGUCCCUGGCGGCCCCGGACGGCGACAACGUCCCGGUGGCGCUGGCGGCGGCCGGCCCCGGCCUGUGGCGGGCCACGUACACGCCGCGCCGCCCCGGGGAACAUCAGCUCCGGGUGCUGUGGGCGGGACGACUUGUUAAAGGUUGUCCCCUGACGGUGUCGGUCGCGGCGGGAGCGGUGGGCGACGCGUCGCGAGUAGUAUGUUCGGGCGCGGGGCUGGCGGGCGGCGUGCUGGGCCGCGACAUACGCGCCUGGCUCGACACGCGCCGCGCCGGGCCCGGGGAACUCACCGCGCACUGCACCGGACCCAACAAGGUGGCGUACUGCGAGCUGUACGAGCACGGCGACGGCACGUUCACGUUGAACGUGAAGCCGGCGGAGGCAGGCAGACACAUGCUCAGCAUACAGUUCGCGGGGGAACACGUGCCCGGCUCGCCAUUCGUACUCAAAGUCGCCGGCGCCCCCGACCCAUCCAAGGUCCGUGUGUACGGGCCGGGCGUGGAGCCGGGCGUGCUGGCGACGUUCCAGUCGCGGUUCCUGUGCGACACGCGCGGCGCCGGCGCCGGCCAGCUCACCGUGCGCGUGCGCGGGCCCAAGGGCGCCUUCCGCGUCGAGAUGCAGCGGGAGAGCCAGAAGGACCGCACCAUACUCUGCAAAUUCUCUCCCACCGAGCCCGGCGACUACCGCGUGGAAGUCCGAUGGGCUGGCCGGCACGUGCCCGGCUCCCCGUUCCCCGUCAUGAUCUUUGACACGCAAGAGGAACUACGUCGCUACAUGCAAGCUUCAGCCGCUUGACCUUACUAACAAUCUACAAACAGAAUCUCUGUAUACUCAAGAGAAAAAAUAUAGUCGAAUAACUACUAUUUAUUUUUCAAAAGUCAAUAAUAGUUAUUUCCGAGUUUUAUUUACUUCUCCGAGUUCAAAAGUCGUCAAAAAUAUUCCACGCAGCACUCAUACGAUCAUGGGUAUAUUCUGUAAAAAAAGAAAAUACUUCAUAAUUGGAUCUAGUGUUGUCAGUAUGUAUGUAUAAAUAGUUUGAUAUAUUGUAAUCUUAUUAUAAUCGGAGUCGUACUUACGAUUACAUCUGAGCGAACAAAUAUUAUUAUAGUACGUACGAAUGUAGAGGUUUUAUUUAUUUUAUCGUCAAUGUAUAAUCCGUCCAUUUUUGUAAGGUAGUGUAAGCAUUUCCUGCAGUGGUACGAAUAUCAAUAGAAACGACGCCAUUAUCCGAAUAUAUUUAAAUUAUAAAUUAAUUAAUAUAAAUUAAUAGGUCUAAUCGAAUCUCUGUAUUGUUUAUAAGUACAUACAUUCUAAUGCAAAAUUCUAAAUGUAAUUUAAGAGAUAAUGCAUAAUAAUUUGUUUGUUAAUAUUUAUUAAUAACGACACUUAGUUUUACAUCAUUUAACUUAACUAUUGUAACUAACGAGGUACUUGUUUAUUUGUUAUUACGGGGCCAACUUCUAACAACCAUACCGAUGUGAAUUUGGCCCCGUAAGCUGCUGAAUUAUUCAGUUACUAAUUGUUAAUAAAUUGAACUUUAUAAAGAAAA